UGACCGACGGCUUUUCAGGUCCCCCAAAAGCCGCCAAGGCAUCACAAUGGUGCGCCCCACUGCCCCACGAUAUUGCUAGCUGAUGCUCUGGUACUUUACCAAACAAUAAUAAACGAGGAUUGGAACGUUACCCAUGACCUGAACCUCAGAGAUGACCUCUCCUUUCAAAGCCGGGUACUUCCAAACCCUCGACUUCUCAGCCACAGACCAGGUCGUCGUAGAGGACCAGAUAUAUGGCAGACACACCAUCACGGAGCCCGUCCUGGUGGAGCUCCUAGGCUCGCCCGCCCUCGCCCGCCUGGCCGGCGUCAACCAGCACGGCAUAUCGGGCCUGCUGAACAUCACGCCGCGGGUGACGCGGAUGGAGCACUCGGUCGGGGCCAUGCUGCUCGUGCGGCACGUCGGUGCCCGCGUGGACGAGCAGGUCGCCGCCCUGCUGCACGACAUCGGCCACACCACCAUGAGCCACGUCGUCGACUUCGCCCUGUCGGCCCCCGGCGAGGGCAGCUACCACGAGGUCCACAAGAUGCGCUACGUCGAGACGACGCGCAUCCCGGAGAUCCUCGCGCGGCACGGCUUCGCCGAUCUGAGGCCGCUGGAGGAGGAGCUGUUCCCGCUCGUCGAGCAGCCGGCGCCCCAUCUCUGUGCCGACAGGCUGGACUACGGGCUGCGCGACGCCGUGGGGUUUGAUCAUCUGAAGCUGGAUGAGGCCAGGAGAGUAGUGGCCUCGCUGAAGGCGGUCCCCAGCGCCACCUCGCCGACACGGCUGUUGGUGCUCCAGGAUGCGCAGCUUGCUUUGGCGCUCGCGAGGGCGUACAUGGCCUGCGACAGGAGCGUCUGGGGCAACACGGCGCAUGGAGAUCUGUACAUCAGGACGGCGAACCUCAUGCGGGCUCUGAUCAGAAAUGGCAGCGUGCAGACAGACGAGUUGUGGACACUGUCGGACGACGAGUUCUGGGCCAAGAUGCGGCACGCAGCUGACGCCGAGGGUCAAAAGGCUAUGGAUCGGCUGGAAACGGAGGGCCUUCCGGACGAGAAGGGCUUGCCGCUACCACGAGGUGCGAAAGUGCGGACGCUGGAUCCAGACAUAGUCACGUCGUCUUCGGAUCAGCCUCUGCCGCUGUCUGUGGUGUCACCAGAUUAUGCCAAGGAGAAACAGGAGUAUAUCCGCGCCAGGAGAGCCUUGUAUGCACCUGCAUAAAUAAACACUGACUACACAACUUAGAAACUUGACACUUUCACAGCGAGAUUGAAAGACACUCCGCAUCCACUCAUGCCCUGACAGAUUAGAUUCAAAAGAAUUACAAAGAACCACAGUGGGAAAACAUGACCGCAGGCCUUCAUCUGAUUUCAGUUGGUCAAAUUGUGCGAAUUCGUCCGCAUUUCCGUUACUGAGAUACUUGGUAGUUCAACUCUGAAGAUCCUCCCAACUCUUUUCAUUGUAACUGUCCAUUCUGGACCUAAUCUCUGUAAGCACUUCAAGAUGGCCAGUGUAUAUUGGAAAUAAGAGAAAAGAAUAUACAAAGGGUAUAU